UGGUGGCUGAACCAUGUCGUUGAGCCCAAAGCAUACUACACCCUUCUCAGUGACUGACAUCUUGAGUCCCAUUGAAGAGACCUACAAGAAAUUUGGUGCCAUGGAAAGCGCUGGAAACCUGAGCAGCCCUUUGGGAGGCUACAGACAGACACACGUCUCCCAGACUGGCAUGCAACAGCACAGCAUGGGCCACAAUGUCACCACCACCUACCACAUGCCACACACUGUCUCCCAGUUCUCACAUGGCGCAAUGAGUGGCUACUGCAAUGGGGGCAUUGGCAACAUGGGAGACAUCCCUUCCUAUCAAGACUCCAUGAGAAAUAGCGCAGCAACAGGCUGGUAUGGCACCAACACCGAUCCCAGAUACUCAACAAUUUCUAGAUUUAUGGGACCGUCGACCGGAAUGAAUAUGGCUGGCAUGGGCACCUUGCAAGGCAUAGCAGAAGCGGCCAAGUCUAUGACUCCUCUCCAUGCUGCUCCCAGAAGAAAAAGGAGAGUGCUCUUCUCUCAAGCGCAAGUUUAUGAGUUGGAGAGGAGGUUCAAGCAGCAGAAGUACCUGUCAGCCCCUGAGAGGGAGCACCUGGCCAGCAUGAUCCACCUCACUCCCACCCAAGUCAAGAUCUGGUUCCAGAAUCACAGGUACAAGAUGAAGAGACAAGCCAAGGACAAGGUCACUCAACAGCUACAUCAGGAGAGCAAUUUGUGUCAACAGCAAUCCCCCCGCCGAGUUGCUGUACCAGUCUUGGUGAAGGAUGGAAAACCUUGUCAGAACAGUUCCAGCACCUCAACACCCAACCAGCAGGUCAACCAGCAACAAAGCGGCGCCAAUGGUGGGUUGUCUUCUUCUAAUGUUGUCCAUCAGCACCAGAACCAACAGGUUAGCUCGUUGAGCCAGGCUUCAGAAUUAGAAGAAAUGUCACCCAGUCCACAGUCACUUCACAGUCAAGUUGCCAGUAUGGCACAGAUAGACACCUCAGCUGUAGACUACAGCAACGGGAUGGUCAACCCUAGCAUGCUUUACGGCAGAACGUGGUAAGGGGAGAACAGCUCUGAAUAAAACUCCAUGUACAGGUGAGGGACAGCUGAUAUAAACCCUUUGGUCUUCUGUGCCCAGGAAUUGUUAGUAAGAGGGAUAGUGCACCCCUUGAUUUACAAGACUGCCUAUAAUGACAGUGAUGGGUGUCUUGAUGCACCAACCAUGCACCUACCAAUCAUGCACCUACCAACCAUGCACCUACAGAGAACUAUGGUGGAACUGCUGGUGAAUGUUGGUGUUCUUGGUAGAUUUUACUGUUUAGGUGGAGGACAUUCCAAA